CUGGCGGGGAGGGAAGGACGCGGCCCCGCGGCGGCAGCAGCCCGGCUUUGGCCAUGAAGAGGAAACAGAAGAGAUUUCUGCAAAUGACGCUGCUCUUCACCGCGGCGCUGAUUUUCCUGCCCGACAUCGGCCUCUGGUCUCUCUAUAGAGAGAAGCACCUGGUGAAGCCGGCCGAGCCCGCCGAGCCUCAGACAGUUCCACUGGGGCUGGGAGAUGGGCAGUUGUUCACCUGGACUGAUGGACUGAAAAGGAAGGAUUGGCAUGAUUAUGAAAGUAUUCAAAAAGAUGCUAUGCGUUCAGGGAAAGGUGAACACGGAAAGCCGUACCCUCUGACAGAGGAAGACCAUGAUGAUUCAGCUUAUAGAGAAAAUGGCUUCAACAUAUUUGUUAGCAACAAUAUAGCACUGGAGCGAUCUCUGCCAGACAUCCGACAUCCUAACUGUAAGCACAAGGUGUACUUGGAAAAGCUACCAAAUACCAGCAUAAUUAUCCCAUUUCAUAAUGAAGGCUGGACUUCCCUCUUGCGAACAAUACACAGUAUUAUCAACCGCACUCCAGACAGCCUGAUUGCAGAAAUCAUUCUUGUGGACGACUUCAGUGACAGAGAACAUUUAAAAGAGAAGCUGGAGGAAUACAUGGUCCGUUUUGCCAAAGUGAGGAUUGUACGUACCAAGAAACGAGAAGGGCUCAUUCGGACCAGACUGUUAGGAGCCUCGCUGGCUAGAGGAGAAGUCUUGACAUUUCUGGAUUCCCAUUGCGAAGUCAACGUGAAUUGGCUGCCUCCCCUGCUUAACCAGAUUGCACUAAACCACAAAACCAUCGUGUGUCCUAUGAUCGAUGUCAUUGACCACAAUCAUUUUGGCUACGAGGCACAGGCAGGGGAUGCCAUGCGAGGAGCUUUUGACUGGGAAAUGUACUACAAAAGAAUCCCGAUUCCUCCUGAGCUCCAGAGAGCUGAUCCCAGCGACCCCUUUGAGUCUCCUGUGAUGGCUGGAGGUCUAUUUGCCGUUAACCGGAAGUGGUUUUGGGAGCUGGGAGGCUACGAUCCAGGAUUAGAAAUAUGGGGAGGAGAGCAGUAUGAAAUCUCCUUUAAGGUGUGGAUGUGUGGAGGUGGCAUGUUCGAUGUUCCAUGCUCUAGAGUUGGGCAUAUCUACAGGAAGUAUGUCCCUUAUAAAGUUCCUUCUGGCACCAGCCUAGCACGUAACCUGAAGCGUGUGGCAGAGACAUGGAUGGAUGAGUUUGCAGAGUACAUCUACCAGCGACGGCCCGAGUACAGACAUCUCUCGACUGGUGACAUCUCUGCCCAGAAGGAGCUUCGCAAGCACCUGAAAUGUAAAGAUUUCAAGUGGUUCAUGGCUGCAGUGGCUUGGGAUGUCCCCAAAUAUUACCCACCUGUGGAGCCUCCACCUGCUGCCUGGGGGGAGAUUCGAAAUGUGGCAGCCAAUCUCUGUGUGGACAGCAAACAUGGAGCCACAGGGACUGAACUGAGGCUAGACAUUUGUGUGAAGGAUGGCUCAGAACGGACGUGGUCACAUGAACAGCUGUUCACCUUCGGAUGGAGAGAAGACAUCCGUCCUGGGGAGCCGCUUCACACCAGGAAGUUCUGCUUCGAUGCCAUCUCACACAGUAGCCCUGUCACACUGUAUGACUGUCAUGGGAUGAAGGGGAACCAGCACUGGAGCUAUAGGAAGGACAAAACUUUGUUCCAUCCGGUAAGCAGCAGCUGCAUAGAUUGCAACCCAUCUGAAAAGAAGAUUUUCAUGAACAGAUGUGAUCCUUUAUCUGAAACUCAACAGUGGGUUUUUGAACAUAUUAAUAUGACUGUUUUAGAAAAAUUUAACAGCAAGGCCAGUUCCUAGGGAAAAUUAAAAAAUGAACACACCCAGUUACACACAGCCUGCAGACCACGUUUUCGCCAGCAUCUGGGUCGAAGGAGUCAGGAAUUAAAUUUCCUAGAUCCAGGAAGUCUGCUCUAAGGAUUAAGAAAAUGCCCCAGCAAGAGCCAGCAGGCUGUCCUUGAGGAUGUACAGUAUCUGAAGAACUUGGCUAGGAGCCUCACCGGAUGCUGCUGAGAACUUCAGGCUGAAAAUUCCCUUGCUGGUCAAGGGAAAAUUUUGUUUAAAAACUGUUUGAAAGUACUCCAAGUUAAUAAAGUAAAACAAAACUCUAGAGUUUCUCAGGUCUAAUCCUGCUGUAGUGAGUAGUUCAGAACAGACGCUGUGAUUUGGGACGGGUGUAUGGUGUGCAUGACGGCUACAGGAACCUGAAGAAAUCCCAGGUUUUAGAACUAAACAUGCUGUUGGAAGAAUAAUGAUGUCCCAGCACUCCCUAGACAAGAUAUAUGCUCUGUUGAUAUUCUCAUUAUAAAAGGUCGGGUUAAGCAGGUUUAACCCUCAGAACUGCUGCAAUUAAUUUUAAAUACCUCCCUUUUACAUUCCAUUCAUUACCAAAAUAGGAAUGGUAGAAAUCUUAGGGUCUAGAAUUACACUGUAGUGAAGCAUGAAAUAAACUGUAAGGUUUUGCCCUCACAUUUCUCCCUUCAGUUGGGAAAAAAAAAAAAAAAACAAAAUCAUAAAGCAAUCAAAUUUCUAUACGUGGUAUAUUUAGCAGUUGUGAUUCAAAUCCCGUUGUCACACAUGGUGAGAUUGUUCUUUCAGUGACAAAUGUAAAAGCAGCUGCAACAUAAUAGAAGGCAUGUGGACUAGCUAUCUUUCCUAAGGUAGAAUCCUUACCAAAGUGUACAUUAAGUUAAAAAUAGGUUGAAAAAAAUCAUCAUGAGAGCAGGAAAUAAUUGCAUACUGCAUGCUGAACUAGGUUAGUCAAAUUAACAUUGGUACACUGCCAUCACCUAAAAAAGCACUGUUUCUCUGUAGUGCAGCUUAAAAGGUCUUGCAGAAAUCAUGUGGUGUUCUUGUCAGAUAUAAGUGGAGAGAAAAUUUGACAUGAAGCGAGUUGGGUGGUUUCAGAGUUCUUGAUGAAAUCUGUGAUGGAGAUCACAUGAACCGAAGCUGUCAAGUGAAUGAUACUGCAGAUCUCAUGGUGGAGGAAAGGAGGAAUGAAACGUUACACGUGGCUGUAUUUUGGUGCUUUAGGCACUGAUGCAAUUCAGAUUCAGACAGACUUUCACACUGAUGGGCAUUAUGGCACGUGGUGUCCCUCACACCCAUCGAGCUGUUGUCAUGUGAGGCCACUAAAACUUAUUUGAAAAGCCUAUGGCUCUUCUCAGAAGGAAUCAAUUAAUGCUAAUAUGUGGACAUAACUAACAGGUUUGGGAUUUUUCAAGGUGAGAGCAUGUGUAUAUGUGCAUCAAAUGAGUAUGUGGACUGCUUUUGUUUGAAAGGCCUUUACAGACAAAAGCACCAUAAAUGUGGAUAGAUGAAAUUCCCCAGAGGUGGCUGUAACAGUGCCGUCGGCUUCCAAAAAUAUCAUAAGGAAUUAAGUUGCUCAGUCUGACUGCUGGAGAAAUGGCUGACUAGCCAGAAUACUGCUGUAUAAGCUAUCAUGUUUUGAGGCAGAAGGGCAAAUGUGUUUUGUUUAUUGCUCCUUGCUCUCUAUUUAGGCUCAAAGAGUGUUGAUUGUAUCCGAAGGAUGUUUCUCAUACCAGUUAGUGUACACUAUUUUAUGACAGCACCUGUAGUUGCAGAUUAAAAAUUGUGUUAACCUAAAAUUGUUGGUUAUAGGAACUUUUUAGGAAGGGAAUGAGAUCCUGAAGCAUUUAGGAUGCAUGCACUUGGAUGCAUCCAUACACUCAGUAAUUGCUGCAAGUUAGUGAAGAGGCCUUUUAAUUUAAGAAAAACAACUAUAGGCAUCAUUUUAUGAUUUUAAAGCAAAAGAAUUUUCUUAGGUACUGUUUUAAUUUAAUUAUGCUGCACUGAAGGACAGAAGCAGAAAGACUAAUGCGUAGGGAUAUUUAGGUUGCUGUCAGUACACAGAAGCAGUCUGGGCACUGAAGGCUGCCAGCCUUCACAGAUACAGUUCUUGUAGCAUCAUCAUUUAUUUGCAGCCUGAACGUGAGAAAUGAGAAUUUGGGUAAAGAAGAAAAUGGGCACCUAAAAUGUAAAUUCAGUCCUCAAGCUGCUGAUUGAAACUGCCCCUAAACUGUUGAAGUCCCAUAUGCCCAAAAUAGAGAGGUAAAGGAGAACUGCUAAACCAGCUGAGCAAUUUAUAAUAUGCACAGAUUGGUAGGGUUAUAUCAUUCAGUCUCUGCCUGCAUCUUGGUGGUCUGACUUUGAAAUGUCUAAUGGGAACUAUACUGCUGCUGGGGCAGAGAUCUUCUAUGCCUUUUACAACCCUCAUUAAUUAAUAUUGCACAGCAUCCUGCACUGUCAAAGCAAAGCUUUCCAUUACUCAGUUGAACAGUGAUUGUAAGCUCUGGUAGUCCCUGUCAGAUAACAAUCCAUCUGAAUGGUAUCCAGAUGUUUAGGAAAAUUCUGUUCUAUGUAUUGUUUUCAGUUUUUAUAGGCAAAAUAUUAGAAAAGAGAUAUUAGAGUUUUUCACGUCAGCAGUGAGCAGCUUUUGAUUAAUCUGGAAAUAUAAUGUUUAUGUGACAGUACAGAUCUUGAGAAACAUCUAAUAUCUUGCCACAGUGUGGCAUACACACACACAUACAUACAUAUAUAUAUAUAUAUAUACACACACAUGUAUGUAUACAUUACCAGUGGAAAGAGACAAGAGAUGGGUGGAGGAGAGGUUUGUUCUCACUUCAUGGGCUGAGAUUUCAGGUAUUUAUUAUAACACAGGAAAAAAGAAAAGAAAGAUAGCAGUCAAUAGCCUAGUAGAGAAGACAGUUACUUCACUGUUUUCAGUUUAAGCAUUUUUCUCUUUUUAAAAACAUGAAAAAAGCUCUUAUGCAGCUUCUCACAGGCAGCUGUAAUCCUCCUGCUGAGCAGAGAAGGUGGCCCUAGGGACUGAGUUUCAGAGCUGUGCUCCUGUAGCAUUUGGGCUGAUGGAUUCACAAAAAGGUUAUGACUUGCUAAGCAUGGGACGCCUUCAGCAGGAAGUGUUAUGAAUAAUAAACGGUCAUCCCUACCUCUAAAUUAAAUUCUGUCUUGAGAGUUCUCCAAAGCUUUCCACUGAUAAUAGCAUUUCAUGACUAAUUUAGCAUUCAGAAUUUCUUUAAGUCUUCCACAACCAUAUCUUUUUUUUUCACUCAGUGGACAUCUGAGCAAGUAAAAAGAUAGGAUGGACAGAUAUAUUUUCCUUCCAUAUUUAAUCAGAAGUGUUUAACUUCAGUCCACAUUCCUUCCAAAGACCAUGAAAUUUCUGUACAAAAAGGUGUUUACAAAAUACUACAUAGUGCACAGGUUGCACUGACUGAUAAUUUCAGUGAAAUUCCAGCUGGUGAUUAGCUUCAGUUUUUCUGCUGAUUGUUUUAUGGGAAUUUAAUCAACACACCCAAAAAAAUAUUUGUAUCUUUAAAGUUCAUAGCACCUACCCUAAACUUUUCUCACUUGAGGCUUUCUGACUCUUUCAUAGGUCAGCAAACUACUACUGCUGCAGAUGGUAGCAACUGGAAAAAGUGGAAUAAACACCAAGUGCAAUGAAAACUCUCAAAUCAUUUGUGUUUCCCUGUGCUUAUUCCAAAAUCCAAACUAAGUAGAAGCCCUUGGCAGGGGCAUAAGGGGGAGAGGAUUUGGGAAGCAGCGUUGUACAAAGGCAUGACCUUAUUUCAGGAAAAUGACAUCAUUUGAGAACAAAUGUUUCUGCGACAUUAUGGAUACUUUAGUGAUAUAAUGCAUACUUCCUGAGUGUUAUCAGUUUAUAAAUAAAUGGACUGUAGCUGCUGAACUAGGUCAUCUUCAUGAUAAAGAUAGACUAGGCUUGAAAGGAAGAGACAAGCACUUAACAACCUUUGGUUACUGGCAAUUUACCAAGCAUCAAUGUCUCUGUGACCUCAGUGAAAUCGGAUGCCACAGAAGAUCACAGAAAAAAUGUAUAUGUAUAGCUUAACCAAAUGUAUUCAAUGGGAAGCACCCCUUUAACAGUGGAUAUCAGUCACUUUUGCUUAAAAAAAUAUAUAAAAAUUUUAAUCAGAAUUAAAUUAUAUUUUUACUGCUAACUUCUGCAGGGAGCUUAGUGAGUGGUGGCUUCCAAGCCACCCAGACAGAGUGGGGAAGGAAUGCUUUGGGAAGACAGCUGCUGGGAGGUCACCAGCACGAGUGCAGCCUAUAGCUCAAGAACAUCAGUUUGUAGUGCUGUUGGUCCAGCAUCUUUCCAGGGAACAUAAGAUGUACAUUAAAAAAAGAAUACGAUGACAGAUUUUUAAUCCCUCAAGGUCAUUAGGUGAAACCAUUUCAAAACACUUGAAAACAAAAAGUUGAUUAGAAGUAGCUUUUCUAUAGCUGGUAUUAUGUAUAUGAGAUUAAUGAACUCAUUUGUAUAACUCCUUUCCAAAUCUGUUCCAUAUAUCUCUUAGAAAGUGCACAGAGGUCCUGAGGUUCUUUUAAAGAGGUACUGAGGUUCUGAAGAUCUUGCAGCAUAUGAAAGUAAAUUUUGAAAGGUCUUUAGAAUAUUAUAUCUGGUAUAUAUAAAAGGUAACAACAAAAACAAAACAAACAACAACAAAAGCACCCUGACUUCUUUAGAUUUUGCUAAACUUCUUGUUCUAGAAUAGUAUUCACUGACCAGAAAAUUUUAGGUGAAUCAAUAAUAUAGUUUAGUAGCAGUGCUUAGUGCUUUCUAGUUAAGGUUUCUACUCUUAAAAAUAGAUACGUAUAUGGAAUUGUAAUGAAUACAGUUAGUUGCUGAUAGUCAUUUUCUUGUUAUUUUUUUAACUACAUACAUAAAUCUGUCCUGAAGUGACCUCUUAUCUCAUAUUUUUCUUACUGUAAUUCUGAAUGCACUGGACUGAGAAUAAUCUAAGCAGAGAAAAGACCUUUAAGAACUAUCUAACAAACCUGUGCAGAAACGAACAAACAAUGAGAAAGCUUUGCUGGAAAUGAGCUGCAAAAUGCAUCACAUUCCCAAAGCUUCAGCUGCAUUCAGAAAAUGCUUUCACUUUGUAUGAUGGCUAUAUAUCCUUUCAGUGUAUCAGUAAUAUCACUGGUAUUACCCUUGCACUAGGAUCUCUGAAAAUGAUGUGCUAUCAUUUGGCACAGUAGAUGGACAGCACGCUGCUGGAGAAAAAAAGUGCUUUGGAGGAACAGAUCCUAAAAAAUCCCUUUCAAGCAUUGCAGCCUGGGAUGUCUUUGGAGCCUUCACUAUUUAUAAAAUUCCCGUUUUCUUAGGUUUGGUUUUGUUUGAUUCUUUGUUGCUUUUUGUUUGUUUGUUUACAUAGUACACUGGCACAGGCUGCCCAGAGAGGCUGUGGAGUUUCCUCUUUGGAGAUCUCCAAGAGCUGUCUGGAUAUGGGUCUGGGCCCCAGCUCUGGGUGGCCCUGCUGAUGGAGCAGGGGAUGGAGCAGAGGGACCCAGAGGUCUUUGCCAACAUCAGCCAUCCUGAGAUCCUGUGCCCCAAGGUCCUUCAUGAAAAAAAGUGCUGACAAUAGGGGAACAAAGAGGACACAGGUUAAAAGAAAUAAAAAUGAUAAAGAUAUCAAGUCCUCGGCACAGAUGAGCUUAUUAAGUGUACACAAAGAUAAAUCUGUUUCUUCUGUGUGGCUGUUGCAGUAGAUGAAUGUCUCCCAGGAAAACACAAAUGGGAAGGAGCCACACCAGCAGGAAAGGCCUUAUGUAGCAGUGGAGACAGAGUCACAGUGACCUUUUGUUGAGAAGCAGAUGAAUAGCACCGUAAGAGUGAUAUCACAUAAGGGAUGUGAAGUGAGCUGCAAUGUGACAGGUCUGGUAAGCAAUGCUAUCUAAAAGACAUUAGGACAUGAGAAGGAAAAACUUGGUCCUCAUUAACCUUUGCCCUUAUUAGCUUUGGCAGUACCCCUGACCCUUUGUUAAGGUAUUAGUUGAUGUAAUUAAGUUAAUCCUUCACCCUGGCCAGCAAAUGACCCAUGCUGGAAGGAAUCACAGCCCAAGCAAAUUUUUCUUGGUUAGCUUGAAGCAUCUGAUUGACACAAACUCUUGGCAGUUCAGUCAAAAACCCCGACUAGCACCAAAUCUAAAGCAAUAUAACCAUCCUGAAAGAUCCAUUGGCCCUUUGUGUCCUUCUGUGAAAAAAUAUUUCAAUUGCUUUAAGGAGCAAUUGAUGGUAAUGAUCCUAGAUUGAGAAAACAAGGAGUAAUGAACUUGCACAGAGGUGAAAGGGCAAACAUGCAAUUAUGACGUGGCGGUUUAAUUGAGAAAGGAUGGAGGAAGCAGUUGAUACAAGAGAAGAUGCAGGAAUUGGGUUUAUUUCUGGGUAUGAAGGAAGCAUGAUUUGCAAAGGUUAGCUAUGGAUAACUUUGGGUACCUCUUCAUACCAGUGCUUGCGUGUUUAUUUCCAUCACAGAUGUUCAGAAAUUGAGAGGCAAUCACUCCCACCUCCUCUCGGCAAAGGACUUAAAUUUAGAAGAAAGAACUGUAUAAUCUAAAACAUACUGAUCAUGAGGUAUGUGUGCAGCUACAGCAAAGCUUUGCUGGACACCAAGUCAGUGCUGAGGUUUCCACCAAAGGUGUGUGUGUAUAUCCAAGGAUGCUUUGGGGAUAGCAUGUAGAAGCAGAACGUGAUGGUCACUGCUUUAACUCUAAUGUUUCUCUGCACCUCAGGCUGUUUUGAAACAGGAUAAGUGGUUAACUAAAUUUUCCAGGAAAUAUCAACCCAGGUGAGUACAAAGCAGAUCUGCCUCCUCCCUGUGUGGAUCAAGGUAUCCCAUGUUCCUCUUCAAACGUUGCAUAGAACUCCUAAACAAAAGUAACACCGUGACUCUGUCGUCAUGGCUCUUUGCAGCAUUUGCCUCUUUUUAGCCAUUUCAGUUAUUUUCUUCAUUCUUUUUUCUAUUUGGUCUUUCCUUUAACUCCUCAACUGCAGGAUUUUUUCAGAAUAACAGACCUCCUUCCCUUCCUUCUGGUGUGUGUUCAGCUAUUAUAGACCCCUUCCUCAAGGUAGCAAUGACUAGUGCUGCUCUGAUCUUGCCCUGGCAGAGCCGUGAGCCCUUCUGCACUGGAGACACCUCUGCUGUCUGCUGUGCAGAAUGGUUCCAGAGCAGAAGGGAGAGAUCCUGUCCUUAUGGGUCAGUAUCUCAAUGCAAGUUUUGUCUGUGCUACAGAUGCACCUCAGCACAGGCAGACAAACAUCUGUUUACCUUCUGCAAAGGAGAACACUUCACUGGCAAUCUCCUUUCUUACUCAUCCUUAAAAUUCAGUGCUGAAGUCAGAAAGGGGAUUAUUUAAGAUCAGAAGCAUCUUGUUCCAUCAGUACUUCUUAGAAACAUUCAGAAGCAGCUGAACUUAAACUUCACAAGUAGGUUUUAACUCGUGAUUAUCCAUACUAAGCUCAUAGAUACAAGAAACUGAGUUAUAAUUCCAUUAAAUUAAAAUGUGGUUUGUAUAAGGCAUUAGGGGGUUAUAACAACUUUAAUCGAAGGCAUUAUUUCAAAUGUAAAAUUAGUAUGUAAUCUCUAGUGAAUACAUGAUACAAGUUCACCUUGAGUUGGCUGGAGAGAGGCAGAGUGGCUUUUAUUUUCUCAUAAAACCACAAGUAGAGAGAGAUUGUCCAACAUGCAGCAUGUCUUGCUUUUAUCUGUAUAGAGUUUCAGUUAUUUCUCCAGUAAGUUAGCAAAGGUCAUAUGUAUAUAUAUAUAUAGAAAGAUUUCCUAUGAUUAUCAAAGCUGCACUUGCAGAAAUGGCAGUAAAACAUCCUUUUCUUUCCUAUUAGCAGAAAAUCCUUUCCUUUUUUUCCCGUUUGUGUUUAUACACCUGCAGAGUCAUUUAUUUGUAAACAGAAAACAUUAAUACAGGUUUAACCCUCUCCCUUUGCUAGACGAGUUCCUGGUAGAUCAGAGUACCGGUGUGAAGGCUGUGUUAAAGCAGUGUAGAAAGGACUGUCAGCCAAGGAAUGAGGAUUCCUUAUAGAAGAACAAUAAGCCUCUGUAUGGGAACUGUUGAGCCGUGGCCUUAAACCACUGAUUGAUCACCUGAGGUAAAGACUGGGUCAGCCUUGGGAGCACAGGUGAAAGCAAUUCAGCAGUGUGACCAGAAGGGCUGGAGCCUGGCUCCACCUCUUCUAGACCCCAUUUAAGGGCUGACUGCCAGUAUGGAAGGUCUCUUUCUGGGGGUCCUCCCUUUUGGAGUUUGUGAGCCUAGGAUGUGGGUGAGCAUUUCAUUUUUGAUUGUCUCUUUCCACUAUGGCAGUCUUCCUAACUAUAAGCCUGUUAAAUACCAUCCUAACCACGCUACUCUUCUAACUUGUACAUUUGUUAAUUGUGUGCUCCCUGAAGUUUUAUUUCCUUUAUUUGUAUAAUAUUAGUAUUCAGAUCACAGCUAGUGCUCUGCGUCUAAAGAUAUCAUAGUAAUCUGCACCUGGAACAGUAAUGAUGCUUCAUCAGGGCUCUGCUACCAGCUUUCUUUAUGAAUCUAUGCACCAUGGCUUUGGAAAACCAUUUUUUGGAGUUGGGAGCCUUCGCUAACAGUUGUUGUCCCUGUAAAGGACAUUUCUUCCAGCUUUGGCCUAACCUGUUGUUUUCCACCUAAAACUCUGUUGACUGAAGUAGUUUGGCAUUGACUAACUUUCCAGAAGGUAUCUAGGUAAUCUGCUCCACAUCACAUCCAGUGCUCCACAGUGGUCCAGCCCACAUGGGCACAUACGUGGUUCACAAAGGAUCAGGUGUCAAAACAGAAAGGUAUGGUCCUUUCUGAGCCUUUAAGAUGCUUAUGUUUAUCAGCUAGCCUUUGUGAUGGCCAGAGUGAUUUCCAGGCACCUCUGUCAAUAAGCAGUCUUUCUUGCAGGUAUCCUGUGAAAUUCCCACUUCUCUCAUUUUUCUGAGAGCCUUUGCUUCCUGUUAACAUUCAGGAAUAAAAACCAACUCCUCACAAUUCAGCUAUUACAAACUAAUUUUAAAGGACCAAGAAGGGCAGCGGAUAAGCUUAUGUAAUCUCUGUCCCAUGUGCUUGUAGGCAAGGCAGCCAAUAGUGGUGUGAGCUGGUAAGUAGAUGGUAGAGAUCAGUCCUCAAGAAGUGAGGCAGUUGUCUAAUUUUCUGUGAACUGAGGUCUAGUUCUUUGGUAAGUUUGAUUUAGGAAAUAUAGCUCUCUAGAAAAGAAAGAAUGAAAAUGGGGAAAAUGUUUUUAAGUAUUAUACAGUAGGCUGCGAUUAGUAAUAUAUAAUAUGUAAUAGGUUAAAUAAGAACAUAAACUUCUGUGCUGACUAGUCUGAGAUAGUUGGCUUAGAUCUUUUUAAACAACAGUGGUAAAAGCUUUGACCAACUUGCUGAUGCAUUAAAAUAAAGUUUUCAAGACAUAAUGACAAAGUUUACAGAGUACUUGCCUGUAAAUUACCAGACUGUAGCUAAGAACCUGAAUAAUGAAAUAAAAGUUGUACACCUGUCCUAUUUUAUAUUUGGAUGUGUCAAAUUAUGGAAUACAAAGAAAAAUUGCUGUAGAGCAGUUUAAAAAAAAAAAGACCUUGAUCUGAAUAAAUACCUCUCAGAAAUCACAACAUUAGUGUUUCAAUUUGUUGUGCAUCUGCUGCUGCUGAAACCAGCCAUGUGUAUCAAGUCAGGGAAGAGGCAGGCAAGCUUGUUUAGAGGCUGCUUGCUGCUCCCCCAGCCACACCAAAGCAGAAACCGAAAUCCACUACUCUGUUGAAGACAAUAUCAGAACUUGAAUGUCCAUUUAAAUAAGAGACAAAUAUAGGAAUGUGUACAAAAUUGUCACGCAUACCGUUCCUCAAGUGAUAAGUAAGGAAGUGUUGAAAGAGAAAGUGAACAGCUGAUUCCAGUAAAAAGUGAUACAAAUUGAGAUCUAUUUGUCCCCCUCCAAUCUCCUAAAAAUCAAGAAACAACAACAACAAAAAAAACCUAGAAAUUCCUGAUUCUUCUUAUGUUUUCAACUGGUAAGUUGAAUAUCAUAUAUCUUCCAAAGUAAGAUUAAGCUAUUAAAAGCAGGUACUUUCCUGCAGAAAUUCAGGAGUAAUAGACAAGAACAGAACAGGACAGAAGAGAUGCUUAUUACUUAUCUGUCUUUCAAAGAAUGUUUUUUUUUUAUUUUUCAUUUGCAUUUCUACUUUAAGCUUGAUUUUAUGCAUUCCCAUACGCUUUGCUUCUUCAGUGCUGUACCUCUACACUAAUACUUUCUAAUCUAAAUUAUUUGGUUAAAUUCAUCCCUUUCAUCCACUGCAUACUUUUUAUUUAUUCAAGCAUCUUUCCAGGGGUACACUUAAAGCAACCAUUGCUUCUGAAGUACUUUGUCAGAAAUAGUGAAAAGAAAAGGGUAAGUAUGCACUGGAAAUACAUGCCUGUUCCUUGUCUAAUAGCUUAAGAGGCUGCUGCAGUCAAAUGUGAACUGAAGGCAUCUCCAGCUGCAAAAGAAAAAAAACUAUCUCUUCCCAUCCAAGCUUUCCACUGAAACCAUUCCUUAGAUUAAUUCCUUAGGCAGUUCCACUGAGCAAACUUUAGUAAAUAUCUCUCCAGAACAAUCAUAAACUUGAAGGGAUGUUAACAGCAACAAAACAAAAUCCUACUGAGGGGGAUUUUAUGAGUAACAAAAGCUCAGAUGAAAGCCCUAAGAAGAUUGGAGUGAUUAUUUUACAGGUGCUACUCUUUGGCAAGCGAACAACUAGGAACAGAGAAAAAAAUAUUAUUAAAAAAACAAUAAUGCUUUAGAUACAUCAGAAACAAUUAGCCAUUAGUUUUAAUGUAGCCUGAAGUUAAAUGUGGUUGAGCAACAGAGUAUUCUCCCAGUUGCAUCAUUUAAAGUUCACAGUCUGGGGGAAGCAUGGUGCAUUAAGAAAACCAAGAGCCUUCUGUGAAUUUUGUGUCGAUUAUAUAAUUAACUUUGAUAACAUCAGAUGCAAACCAUCAAGGAAAAAGAGCUUUAAAGAGCUCUUGCAGAUAAGGGAACAUCAGGAAAGUAACAAGAUUUGAACUGGGGAAGGAAAGGAAUGGAAAAGAACUGCACCACACUCUGGUGUGCAAAAGAGAAAACAAGAGCUAGAUAGCAGCUCCUGGUGCGUAUUUACAAACAUAGUGCAGCAAUGGGCUGAGCAGGUUUCUGCUCUGACUCUUCUUUUGUGUCAAGACCAAGCUGUGGCAAAUAUGUUGGUAUUGAUCAAGAAGCAGAAGAGCUUCCAAGUCUGGCUUCUUCCUCCUCCUUAUCUUUCUUCCUUCAGCAGUGCUUGUCAGUGAAGUUAUGAAGAGUGUGUGAUGAAUGUAUAUGUUAACUAUAAUUGCAUCCCAACUGAGCAUGUGGGCAGCUGCUCAAGCAGGAGGGAGUUUGCUCCUCCAGAGAGCAGCAGUAGCAGCUAUGUGAUUUCAGCCUUCACAUACAGCUUCACACAUGCAGCAGCUGUUCGUAAACACUUGCCACCCACACCCUGAAUCUCCAUCCUUAAAACUUGUGAUACCACUAGCACAUGCAAUAAUUCCACACGCUAGCUGCCUAUUAGCUCAGUGGCAGCACUCAUAUUUCCCCUGCUCUGAGUAUAAACCCCUGCCCAAUUCUGAGUAGGAUGUUCACAUUUUGGAUCACUGUAGCUGGACAAUCUUUUUUUUUUUUAUUUUGAGGUAAGAGGAAAAAAUGUAUAUUUAUUUCUUUAACUCUGCCUGAUUAUAUGCUUAUGUGACAUUCAACUAAUGCCUCCUCUAAGCAUGUCUCCUAACUCACAUCUGAUAAGCUUUUAGUUUAAGGAAAUGCCAGAGUAAAUUUCCAUGCUGGCAGGUGAAGGCCAGAACUGAUGUGCAGAAGAAAAGUAAUUCCCUACCCACAUACAGGCAGAUAAACAAGAGACAAGAAAGCACUGCCAGGGCACUGACCCCAGUAGUGGUACCUUCGCACUUGAAGCUCCCAAACCUCCUGUCAAAGCAGCUGGCUUGGUAGCUACUGCCCAAACGAGGCCAGAAUGUGGACUGCUGUGCCAGGAUUACUUGUCUGUUCUCCUUUUCUAGAAUCUGAACUGAAGCACAGAGUCAGUUGUCAGUGAAUAUUCCCUGAAGCACCACCCUAGGCCACCCCAUAUAUUGAAGGUGACCCAGGCAGGUCCAUGCUGGCACCAGCAUGCCCACUGGGACAGGAGGGCUGCAGUUAGGGUAACUGGUGUCACCUGAGCCAUCCCACAUCACCCAGCUCCUCACCAAUUCUGCUCUUCCAUUGACCAUCCCAAAAGGUACAUAAAAGACUUUACAGACUUGCCCUCUUUUUUUCUUGAGCUGUUUUCCUCUAGGAUUUCCUGCUUGUGCCUCCUGAUUAGUGACCAGCUGUGGUUCCACCACUUUCUUGCCAAGAAAUCUGCAUCUGAAGCCUUCUGAGAAGGUGUAUUCCCUGCUCUCCGAACACUGAGAUGUCCAACUGAAAGGAUACAACAUCAACCCCAAAUUAGAAAUACCUUUUGAAUUAAGGAAUUCAAAUUCCUAAAAGAGCUCAUCUCAUUUUAGGAUGAACCAAUAAGUAAAAAAGUAGGAACUUUUUGUCCUUUGGACUAUCCACUUUUGGUAUUGGAGAUGUUGUUGAGCUUUUGCUCUGUGCAAGAAGCCUUCCUCUUUCAUCGGUCUUUCAUCUGAGCGCUUACUGGGAGCUUCUUCACCUAAAUCACACUUGAAAGGCUGAAAUUGUGCUAAUUCUCAGGACAGAAUUGUUAAUUCAAAGGGAAGUCAGCCAUAAAUGAGGUCUAGAAUAUAUUCAAUUCUCUGAAGAGCCUCUACCCAUGUAAACCUAGAGUAAUGUUUCUCUUACAAAGCACAAGUGUGAAGAAAUGUGAGACGAGCAUUUUCUCUUAUUUUUCUUCCACAGUACUCUUGGUGGCUGAUCGCUGUGGUUGGCAUAUGCAAAAACUAUUGCUCAUUUAAAAAAAAAAAAAUCCUAAGUGCUAUACCAGUAAUAAAGAAAACAGUUUGCAUUUCAGAUGAAGAGGAAAUAACGUAUCACAAAAUAUUUACUCUACCCAGAAGAGCAGCAAUUUACAGACAAUUUAACAGCAAUUUGAUUCUUUUUGUGUGUAUAUUUAAAGCUUGCAGCAAUGUUUUCACACUAAGAUUUUCAUUUGUGCAUUAAGUAAUUUUCUUUAAGCCUUAAAAUUUGAUCGGGUAGUAUCUUGAAUUUAAAUUCUCCCAAAGCUAAUAGUGGUCUAGAUGUGAGGUUUUUAUAGCUCAUGGCAUGCAAGG